GAUAAUCAAUACUAUAGUAACAUUAUACUUAAAACAACAUUUGGUAAUAAAAAGUAAUAGAUUAGUAAAAAUGGUGUUAAACAAAGUCCUACAUAGAGUUGCUUUCAAGUUUUACUUAAAUCCGAUUUGUCUACAUUUGGUUCACGUUCCGAUUCACGCUCUAUUUAUUCACGCUCCUACUCACGCUCCUACUCACGUUUCCUGUCGCAUUCACUAGGUUUUCAUUCUCAGUCUGGACUUAUUCGUCCCUAUUUCUGAUUCCCCACUAAUCUCAGGAGAUUAACAAAAAUGCGAAAAACUGUGGGUUUCCGGCCGCCUAUAAUUUUUGGGGGGUCGCCUGUGGGCAGAGCAGUCUAAAGUCGCUAAACUCAUUUAACCACCAAUUAAAAUGUUAAGCUAACUAAAUUCAAUUGGUCAUUCAGUAAAUUUUUCUAUUCUAUAACUAUCCUAAUUAUAGGAUUUAUAUCAAUUAGAUUAAGUAACAAAAAUUGCUGACAUGCCUGAAUUACGUCGUUCUGCCAGAGUAGCUGCUAAACCAAGCGUUCCUCCUCCGCCAUUUGAAGAAAUUGUUCAACCUAAGAAAAAGAGUAAAAUCAAUAAUUCUUCAGCAAAACCAAGUGCUACUUCAAACGAAUUAGAAGUAGGUGAUAAGAUUCCUGAUGUUACAUUAUUUGAUGAAGAUAAUAAUGAAGUUAGUUUAGUUGAAGCUGCCAAUAAAACCAAAUAUGUGGUCAUAUUUGCUUAUCCAAAGGCUUCAACUCCUGGUUGUACUAGACAAGCUUGUGGAUUUCAAAGAAAUUAUCAAUUCUUAAAGAGUAAUAAUGUUACAGUAUUUGGUUUAAGUGCUGAUUUACCAAAAUCUCAAAAGAACUUUGUUACUAAACAAAAGUUGGAAUAUUCUUUAUUAUCUGAUCCUUCAAGAGAGUUAAUUGGAUCAUUGGGUGCAAAGAAAUAUCCAACUGGAAUUAAAAGAUCUCAUUGGAUUUUUGUUGAUGGAAUUUUAAAAGUUAAAAAGAUUCAAAUUUCUCCAGAAGCCAGUAUCGAUGGUGCAAAAGCUGACAUUGAACAGUUCAUUGCUGAAGAUAAGGGAGAACCAAAAGAAGAAACUAAUGAAGAACCAAAAGUUGAAGAACCAAAAGUGGAAGAAUCAAAAGUCGAGGAACCAGAAAAGGAACCAAAGGAUGAACCAAAAGUUACGGAAUCAAAAGCUACAGAACCUAAAGUUGAGCAGCCAAUUAAUGGAACUGCUUAAUUUUAUUUAUAACCAAGGACUAAACUCUUUAAUUUUUUUUUAU